AGUGCAAAAGCAUCAAAAUCAAAGAAACUUCUUUAAAAACGUCCUUCCCUCCCGCUUUUUUCCCCUUUUCGAAUUCACUCUCUCUGCUGCUGAUGACUUCUGGUCCAUACGGAUACAGUUGUUACCUACGCGAAAAGAAGCAAGAACUUAAUAAUGGCAAAUCUAGCUGAUCCGCUAGAAGGAUAUGGAGAACUGUCUCUCUUUCCUCGAACAUUUGCAUCUCUUCCUAAUCCGUCUCGGCCUCUGAAUUCCGACGAUCCCCGCUCCAUCCAUGAUUACCUCAAAUCCCUGCCUGUAAAAAAUCCUGAUAGGCUUAUACAGCAGGCAAAAAGUAUUUUAGAAAACACUGCAGAAGCUCCGGAAACUGAAAUGACCAAUAUUGCAGCCACAGAAGACAAAGAUGUUGUCACAGAAAAAGCUGUGCAAUAUCCAUGGGGACAAAGGCCAGGGUUAAAUCGUAAGCGUCCUCGAUUUUCUUUGCUUCCCAAUAUAAGUCAACCUACAGUCGAUUUGGAACCAACUUUGGACUUUGAUAAGUUAAAAGACCCUGAAGAAUUCUUCUCCGCAUAUGAAAGGCUUGAAAAUGCUAAAAAAGAAAUAGCCAAACAAACUGGCCGUGCUUUUACGGAUUCUGAUCAGUACAAUGUAUUCAAGGUUCCAAGGUCUCAACGACCUGGAAUUCCAGGGAGAUCAACUGCGAAAUACAAACAUCUCUAUCCAACCAUGUCCUCUCAAGAAAUGUCUGGAGUGGACAUUCUCCCUAAUUGUGGCUCACAACAAGAAGGAGUGUAUCCUGAUCUUGCAUCCCAACAAACAGAACCAGUAAAUGUUUCACCACAACAGUUGGGACUAACAAAUGAUGCUUCACAACAAACAGAACCAGCAAAUGUUGCAUCAGAAGAAAUGGAACUAACUGGUUCGCUACUCAAGGCUGAGAACAGGGUUGGUAAGCUUCUUGAUGAAUUGCUUGGUAAUGAUCUUGAAGAACUAGAUGAGGAUGGAACAACCAACCUAUUGCAGGAGCUGUUGCAGAUCAAACCUCUUCACAUUGAGAAGUUAAACCUUCCCGAGGUGCAGGAUAUUCAAGAGGUAGAUUGUAAGGCUUCUGGAGUAAACUUGCUGAAGCCUAGGAAAGUAUUGUCAGACAUGAACACUUUGUUGAAAGCAACAAGGAAUGUAACUCCACUGAAGCUAAAGAAUAUAGAAAGUCUUCUUUCUGGUUUUGGUUCACCUACUCCACCAAAAAGUCCAUUGGCUUCAUUGUCAUUAUUGAAGAAACAUAUAUUUCAGUCAAAUCCAUCCAGCGAUCCAUUUUCAGCUGUUGAUAUUGAUGAUUCCCCAGCGAGAAUUACUCCUGUUGGAAACAUUAAUAAACGUUCUGAUCCAGUUGAUGUGGAAAAUGCUUUGCGCUCUGUUGAACUGGAUCCUGUAACAAGUGAAGAAAAUGAUGGUGUAGUUAUAACUAGGAGUUCAACUAAAGUGGCAAUUGAAGGUUUUUCCAGUUCCCACGAGAAAGGUGUCAAUGAAAAUUUGAGUAAUCUUGUUUCUGGCAGUGAGAUUGGCCCCAGGGAAUGUGGUCCUGAGUUGGAUGAUAACAAUAUUGGAAUGGAUGUUGAAGUCAUAAAUGGGAAAAGUUGGGCUGAUGUUGAUGCAGACAUUCAGACAAAUGAAAACAAUGAACUAGAUAUGACGGAAGAUGUGCAGCAGGAAGCUAUGGCUUCUGCACAGCCUGAUGGAAAAUCAGAUGAGUUCCCUGUGCAAACAUCAAAUAGCAUUCAGAAUAAGCUCAGUCAAUCAGAUACUGGAUCCAGUGGUGAACACACAACAGAUGGAGACCAUGGAAUUCAAGAUGGUGCCCCAGAACAAACUAAAGACACUGCUCCAGAACAGCAAAACGAGAAAAUUCAGGAACCUAAAGUCAAAUCCAAGAAGAAACAACACAAAGUGAAGUCAAGUUCUACACGAAGACAAGAUAAUAAAGCUAUCUCCAAAGGGCAAAGUCUUGCAGAUUCUACAGUGCUUGAAGACCAACCAAUGGAUUUGUGCCUUGAAUGCCAGGACAAUGCCCUUGAUCAAACCCAAGACACAGCUUCAGAAAAUAACAAUAAGAAAAAUCAGGAAUCUAUUGCAGUGUCAAUGGAUGAGAGAACCAAAGCAAAUUCAUGCCCAAGCAAAAAAAACAAGUGUACAACUCGCUCUAGAGGGAAAAGCCUUGCAGGUUGUGGUAUGUCAUGGGAAGCUGGGUUAAGAAGAAGCACCAGGAUCAGGUCAAGACCUUUGGAGUAUUGGAAAGGGGAGAGAUUUUUGUACGGUCGCGUUCAUGAAAGUUUGGCAACUAUAAUUGGGAUAAAGUACGAGUCUCCAGGAAAAGAUAAAGGGGGCCCCACAAUGAAGGUGAAAUCUUUUGUUUCUGAUAAGUACAAGAAUUUGGUUGAACAAGCUGCUCUGUAUUGAAGUGUAGCUAGGUUGAAUUCUUCAUGUUCAUGUUACUUUUGUGGCUUUGUGAACUCAGCUUGAGUUCAGGAAUCAUGACUAUCGUAACCAUGUAAUUAAUUAAUUUCGAAGGAAGGAUAAGUGUUUGGUUGCCUAAA